GUCAUUCCUCUUCUGUACAGCAGGGGGCAGAGCUACAUCUGCAUCUACCCGCUUUAAGAGCGCAGAAGAAGUCAAUUCGAUGACGUCAUCACGUAUGAAGCCUCCAGUUACGUCCUUCCGUUUCUGUGUCCCGACAGCAGGUCCAAACAAAUGCGGCUUAAAGGGGUUUUGGAGCUUUUUCCCAACUGGACCGGACUGAGCCGCCGUCGAACCCUGUCCGGAACUUCGGCCCGGACAGUGAGCGGAACUUCCCGGUGACCUGGAGGCCAGCGUGCGGCUGCCGCAGUUCCGUAGGAUGUCGUCCUCCUUCAAAAUCCCAAAGAGGAAGCAGCCUGAAGGCUCCUCCCACUUCCACAUGCAGUCCCCUCUGUCCCGCCUCCAGAGCUCCGCCCCUCAGGUUAAGGGCUACGAGGAUUCCUGCAGCAGAGGGGGGUUACGCAGACGCCAGGGGAGGGGCGCCCUCAGCCCUGCAGCAGGGAGGGACAGGCCUCUGUUCAGAGACGUGGUCAAAACGCUGCUCGGUCUCAACAGCCCCAAUGGAGGCGGAGUUUCAGCGGCCAAUCACAGAUCGCCGGCGAGCUGGAACUGCCAAUCACAGGCCAAAGGAUGGCGUCCUAAGAGAGCCUCAGACCGCCUGCUGCAGCCUGACGGCGAGCCGCCGCACCUCCACCCGCCGCCGCCUCAGACAGGUGUGUCCCUCCCCCUCACAAACGCCUCUGUGGACUCUUUGGCUGAGCUGCGAGCCGAGGGGCAUGCUGGGAGUUGGAGUUCCUCCUCACUGCAAACCAGAGGCCAGUCCUCAGAGGACACUGAGGAGGACCAGAGCGACUCCUGUCAGAGUUCUGGACCAAAGGCCUCAGAGGAGCGGCUGACUUCACCGACCAGAACCAGGAUCAGGAUCAGGCUGUCGGCAGCCUCUCCUCUCUCGGAUGUCCGUCAAACGCGGCCCAAUGGGAGGCGGAGCCUGUAUGUUCCACCGCGGGACGUGACGGAGGCCCAGAGAGAGCGCUGGAGGCGGUUCAGAGAGGGGCGGAGCUCUGCUUCCCGCCCAAAGAAAGCACGAGUCACUCCAGCAGAACCCAUUGUCCUGUCCAGUGAGGAGGAGGAGGGGGAGGAGUCGGGGAGGAGUGGCCUGGCGGAGGAUGGAGGCGGAUCGGAGGCGCUGCGGGUUUCCCUGCAGCCGCCCGUGACUCCGCCCACCUUCCUGCAGCUGCAGUUUAGCCGUCUGCACGUCGGGCUCAUGCAGGCGCACGCCAACGGAGCGGCAACGGUCACGGAGGACGCCAUCACGCUUCCUGUGAGAGGGGCGGAUGACGGCCAGCUGGUGGUGGUGGCGUCUCAGGUGUGGGGUUACGGAGUGUGGGACGGGGGCGUGGCCCGGAGCGGGACUCUGCUGGCAGGCUGGAGAGGCCCCGCCCCCUCGCUGCUCUUCCUGUGGGUGUCUAACGCCCAGGCCAGCCUUCUGCACAGAGAGCUGUCCGCCAUCCAGACGUCCGGCGGCGCCACAGGCCCUUCCUCCUCCGUCCUCCUGUUGGUUCUGAAGGAGCAGCUGCCGGAGCUCCAGGCGGCCCUGCUGGCCUCCAUCCUGGACCUGCAGAGCUAUCGGCAGGGCCGCUCCUCCCACGGGGGGCCGGCCUCCCCCCUGGACUGGGCUGACGGGCUGACGCUGGUGCACAGCUGUCCCUCUCCGGUGGACCAGCACCUCCUCCGGCUGCUGGGGCACUCGGCGGGGUCCAGUCCGCUGAGGAGCAGUCAGGUAAACAAAUCCAAACCAGGACCGUCAGAUCUUCAGCACCUGCCCUUCAGGCUGGUCCAGUACCCGCUGUCUGCAUGUAAGGGUCGGAUCACCGUGACCCGGGAAGACCUGGCCUGUCUGGACGCCGGCGAGUUCUUCAAUGAUGUCAUCAUCGACUUCUACCUCAAGUACCUCGUGGUGGAGGGUGUGGCCAGUGCCGUGGCUGAGACGACCCACAUUUUCAGCAGCUUCUUCUUCAGACAGCUGAGCCGGCGCCGCACAGCUGGAGAGGACGAAGACGGCGCCGCCUCUGUCCCAGACCGCCACCGCCGCCACCAGAGGGUGAAGACGUGGACGCGUCACCUGGACAUCUUCACCAAAGACUUCCUGUUUGUGCCUGUCAAUCAAGAUUCUCACUGGUUCCUGGUUGUGAUCUGUUUUCCGGGUCUGGAGGAACCUCGUCAGGAACAGCUUGAAUCAGCUGGACAGGUGGUCAGCCUGCCGUCUGCGCAGCCGCCGGAGUGCACGCUGCGAGGCUGCAGCCGAAGAACGGUGAUGAAGAGGCCCUGCAUUCUGGUCAUGGACUCUCUGAAGACGUCUUCUCAUGACGGCGUCUGCCGGCUCCUCAGAGACUACCUGCAGGUGGAGUGGGAAGUGCGCAGGAGGACGCCCCGCCUCUUCAGCGCGGAUUCGAUGAAAGGAUUUAGCUGCAGGGUUCCUCAGCAGGACAACUCCAGCGACUGCGGCGUCUUCCUGCUGCAGUUUGCUCACAGCUUCCUGCAGAACCCCGUAGUGAACUUUGAGCUUCCGCCGCGGUUGGAGAACUGGUUUCCACGGCAGCAGGUCAGGCGGAAGCGCGAGGAGAUCCGGAAUCUGAUCCUGGAGCUGCAUCAGAACCAGUCCAGCUGGGAGUGAGCAGAACCUCUAGAACCGGACUGGACUCCAGGAGGAAAACCAGAACUUCAUGUCUACUAGUGUGUUCCAGCACACAUUCCUGUUCUACUGAAUAAAGUAUUUAUUUUACUUC